AUGGCUCGCUCAUCCGGCGACUCGCCGCUUCCCACGGCCGAAAAGGCGGCCUCCCCGGCUCCUGGCUCGGGCAUCCACCCCUCGCUCUUCAUCCUUAACUGGAUCCUCUUCUCCAAUGCCACCAUUCUCUUCAACAAAUGGCUGCUCGACACGGCCGGCUUCCGAUAUCCCAUCAUCCUCACCUGCUGGCAUCUCAUCUUUGCCACGGCCGCCACCCAGAUCCUCGCCCGCACCACAAAGCUCCUCGAGAGCCGCAAGUCGCUCCCCAUCGACGGCCGCAUGUACCUCCGCACCAUUGUCCCCAUCGGCAUCCUCUACACCGGCUCCCUCGUCUUCUCCAACCUCGUCUACCUCUACCUCUCCGUCGCCUUUACCCAGAUGCUCAAGGCCGGCUCCCCCGUCGCCGUCCUCUUCACCUCGUGGGCCUUUCGCGUCGCCGAGCCCAACCUCGCCAAGUUUCUCAACAUCCUCGUCAUCGUCAUUGGCGUCGGCAUCGCCAGCUUUGGCGAGAUCAACUUUUCCAUGAUUGGCUUCGUCUACCAGAUCCUCGGCAUCAUCUUCGAGGCCGUCCGCCUCGUCAUGAUCCAGGUCAUGCUCACCGCCGAGGGCAUGAAGAUGGACCCCCUCGUCGCCCUCUACUACUACGCCCCCGUCUGCGCCUUCUUCAACAUCUUUGUCGCCCUCUUCACCGAGGCCAGCACCUUCAAGUACGAGGACCUCGUCAACACGGGCUUCACCAUGCUCUUCCUCAACGCCAGCGUCGCCUUUAUGCUCAACAUUGCCUCCGUCUUUCUCAUUGGCAAGACGUCGGGUCUCGUCCUGACCCUGACCGGCAUCCUCAAGGCCAUCCUUCUCGUCGCCGUCUCCGUCGUCAUCUGGAAGACGCCCAUCAGCCCGCUCCAGGCCUUCGGCUACGGCAUCGCCCUCCUCGGCCUCUCCUACUACUCGCUCGGCUACGACAAUGUCGUCAAGAUUUACAACAACUCCUCGGCCUACAUUUCCGCCACCAUGAACUCGUACGGCGCCGUGCCUGGAUCUCCCGACGGCGUCCGCGGCGGCAUGCUCACCAAGCGCUACGUCGUCCUCGGCAGCGCCGUCUUUGGCUUCCUCUUUGUCAUGGCCGUCCUGUUUAUGUGGGUGAACUCGGUGCCCACCAUCUCCACCACGUCAUUAGGAGCGAAUUAG